AUGCCUUGUCAACUAGCAAUAACGUCCAUGUCCUUGGGCCGCUGCUGGGCAGGCCACUCUUUCGCGCAUAAGCUAGAUAUGGCCCGAGCGUAUGGUUACAAAGGCAUUGAGCUCUUCCACGAAGAUCUGGCAGACAUUGCAAGCCAAUUACACAACAAAUCGACCGCGGAGAACGAACUAGAAGCCGCAGAAAUCAUCCACGACAUGUGUAUCGAACGGGGUUUAUCCAUCUUGUGUUUGCAACCUUUUGCGGGAUAUGAAGGCCUUGUCGAUCGGGAUCAACAUGUACAACGCCUCGAGCAGCUCAAGUUCUGGUUUCAACUUGCCAAGGUCCUUGGUACCGACAUUGUGCAGAUCCCGUCAAGUUUUCUUCCUGCUUCUCAGGUGACGGAAGACAGGGAUCUUAUUGUAUCGGAUUUGCAAAUAGUGGCGGAUAUGGGCCUCAAGGAGAACCCACCGAUCAGAUAUGUCUACGAGGCGCUUUGCUGGGGAACACGAGUCGACCACUGGGAACAGAGCUGGGAGAUUGUACAAGCGGUCGAUCGACCAAACUUUGGAAUAUGUCUCGAUACUUUCAACAUCGCUGGUAGAAUCUAUGCGGAUCCAUCCUCCGAGACAGGCAAGACGCCCAAUGCCGAACAGGCCGUCACGGAGUCGAUAGCCAGACUUCUCUCCGACGUAGACGUCAGCAAAGUAUUCUAUGUCCAGGUUGUGGACGCCGAAAGAUUACAAGAGCCUCUCGUUCAGGGCCACAAAUUCUACGAUGCAGAGCAACCGUGUCGAAUGAGUUGGUCGAGAAACUGCCGAUUGUUCUACGGCGAGAAGGAUCGCGGUGCCUACCUGCCAGUUGUCGAGAUCUCCAAGGCCAUUUUUCAGGGUCUCGGAUACGAGGGCUGGGUCAGCCUUGAGCUUUUCAACAGGAGGAUGUCAGAACAAGACACGAAUGUCCCAAGAGAGUUGGCAAGUCGAGGAGCCGCAUCAUGGGCAAAAUUAGUGCAGGACAUGAACUUGAAUGUCGACAGACCUCAGCUGCCACAAAGGAUAACAGCAUCUCUCUAG